GUUUUAUACUGCACGCGUAAUGUUGGAAGGAAAAUUCGAAGAGGCCUCGUUGCUGAAAAAAGUGAUCGAAUCCAUCAAGGACUCCGUCAAACUCUGUAACUUCAACUGCUCCCAGAGCAAGGGCAUCACGGUCCAGGCGAUCGACGACUCGAGAGUGCUGCUGAUCGCCCUCAAGAUCGACUCGGGCUCGUUCCAGGAGUUCCGCUGCGACAGAGACCUCGUCCUGGGUCUGGACCUGGAGUCGCUGUCCAAAAUCCUCAAACAGGGCAAUAACGAGGACUACCUCACCAUCAUUGCAGAGGACUCACCAGACUCGCUGCUGGUGGUGUUUGAGGACAAGAAAAAGGACAGAAUCUCCGAGUUCUCACUCAAGCUGAUGGACAUCGACUCCGACGUGCUCACCAUCGACGACAUGGAGCACGAUUGCUCGAUCACGAUGCCUGCGUACGAGUUUGCCAAGAUCGCCAGAGACAUGAAGACGCUGAGCGAGUCGCUGCAAAUCAUAAUCACCAAGGACUCGGUCAAGUUCAACGCAGAGGGCCAGAUCGGCUCUGGGUCGAUUAUUUUGAAGCCCCACACAGACAUGGAAAAGCCAGACGAGAGCAUCAAGAUCGAGCUCAACCAGCCGGUCGUCCUCACGUUUGGCGCCAAGUACCUCAACGACAUCGUCAAGGCCACGGCGCUGUCGUCCACCGUCACCAUCAAGCUCACAGACAAGGCCCCAGCUCUGUUUGAGUAUAGACUGCCGAGCGGAUACCUGAGAUACUACUUGGCUCCAAAGUUCGACGACGAAGACUGAUUAGUAGGAUUAUAAUUGAAUUGCUAGCUCUAUCAUUAGUACUCGGACUCGGGCGCGUUCUCCAGCGGUGGCAGAAACGUCGAUCGCACGCUGCUCUUCUCUGUCACAGGCAGUAUCAGCCGGAACGCGUCGUGCUUGUUCAGAUAGUAGCGGAACAGCCGUUUCACGCGUAGAAACCCAAAGUUCUCGUACAACCGCAGCGCGGCUUUGUUCACCACCUCUGUCUCCAAAAUGAUUUCGUCGCAGUGGUAGCUUUCGAUCAUCGAGUCCACGCUCUGCGAGAUUAGCUCCUUGGCGAUUCCGCGGCCACGAUACUCGUUGUCCACCGCCAACAUCCCAAUAUACCCACGUAUCCUGGCGUGUCUGUGCGGCUCGACCUUUGAGAUGAUGCAUCCAAUGACCCUGCCCUUGUGCUUGGCCAUGAUCGUCAGAUUGGGCCAGUUGUUGAGGAAAAACCUGUACACGUAGAUCGAGUACGGCUCGCUCAGAUGCUCGUCCACCAGCCGCCUGACCUGCUCUAUGUUUGCGUCGAUCGUCUCCCGCCCCAAUCUGUCCACAUCCAGACUGAGCGGCU